AUGGCCACCGCCAUUACCAUCCAGGCCACUUCUUCCGGCCCGGCAGCCGCAGGUCUGCCUUCAAUCCAUCCAGCUUCUACUCUUAGUGCUUUUCAUACUCGACACCAACAUCACCAACAUCAACAUCCCCGAAUGAGCUCGACCACUUCUCCUGUCACUUCUCUCACCAACUCCCCCUCGGCCUCUUCUGCUUCUUUUUCGUCCGUUGCGACCCCCAACACAGUGCCAGCAAUUAACACCGGCGCUACCUCUGUAGCUACUAGUACUUCCGCUAACCACUCUGCCCUAAAUAACACUAUUGCCGCAACAACUUCACUGCUUGUUGGUAGUGUAUCCUCUCGUGGCCCCACUGGCCGCGAUGGGGUCAGCUGCGACGCCUGCCUCUUCCGCAAGAGUCGCUGUGCAAUGAACGAAUUGGUUAACAAGUGCUACUCGUGUGAAUUCCAUCGCCAGGAUUGCACUUUUAGUCUUGCCAACAGUGCCUUGACUGAAGCAACCUCACCGCAGUCCAGGAAAAGAAAGCUGGAAGAUUUUGUAGAGGCUGAAUCGACCAAAAGACAAUCAAUAGAAGUUCCUCGACCAGAGUCGGCAACAAAAGAAAUGGUCCCUCCACCCACCACCGCCACCACCAACAACACUAACCUAUUGGCCUCCCCUCGACUCUCAUACCAAUCAAGCCAACACAUCGGCCUAACCACAGAACUCGAACCCAUCCUUUUUGAGCAUAUCCCCCUCGACACCAACGAUGAAAGUGAGCUUUCGUCCACCCAUAAAAUCCGCCGCUUCGCCGAAGAUGGCAUAUUUAUGCGAAUCAUGAACCCGGACUCGAAAGAGACGUCUACCAUUUCUCUUGAUGCUAUUGAGACUUUAGUUGCCCCUUAUGGCUCGACGUUGGUCGAUAAGUUCUUUGAAAAGAUCCAUCCCGUCUUUCCAGUGUUGAUGGAGGAUUCGUUUCGACAGUCUUAUCGUACUCGACGGGGACUGUCGCCCUUGCUGCUGGCGGCUGUUUAUACAUUGACACUGAAAUAUCUUGAAUUCGAGCCUGCGGCCCGCUCAGCACGGAAACCGGAUGUUAAACGAAUGGAGGAUACAGCCAUGAAACUAUUGACUGAGUCUUUGCCACAUGCCGACAUUACUACUAUCCAAGCCGGUAUGCUCAUCAUGCAACGGUCAUCACUCAACACGUCGUCUUUGAACGGGCAAUUGGUCACGGCUGCAUUUGAGCUUGGUCUACAUCAGGAUUGUUUCAAUUGGAAGAUCCCACUUGCGGAGCGAGGUCUACGUAGACGAAUGGCGUGGGCGUUACAUACACAGGAUAAAUGGUGUUCUCUUGUCCACGGCCGACCUUCACACAUGUCAGCUGCGAACUGGACCGUUCGCGAUUUGGUUGAAGACGACUUUAUCGGCGCCUUUUCCUCUACCUCUCCAGCCAACAAAAGGCUAGACACCGAGUCUACUGACGGUAACGGCCUCGGCCAUGGCCCCCUGCUAUUCUGUCAACACGUCGCCCUAACCGCCAUCCUUGCGGAAAUUCUCGACACAUUUUAUACCCUAAGAGCGGCCGAACAAUUCGCCGCAGCCGGCAACAACAAAACUCGCUAUAUCCUCGAAAAGGCCAAACCAGUCCAAAUCCGUCUUAAGGAUUGGUUUGCCCGUCUACCCACCGGCAUGAAAAUGGAUUCCACCGCCUCAACAAGCGCAGAAAUUCUUUUCGACGAAGUCACCGAAGAAUCCGCCUCCAACGGUGCGCUGCAUGUCGCCUAUUUUGCGACUGAAAUCACGCUUCAUCGAUGCAUAAUCCGCUCUUUAAACCCCACCACAGCUGACAACUAUCUCUCUCACAUCUGCCGCUCAGCAGCUAAAACGCGCCUUAUCAGCGCAAUGGAUUUUGUGAAUCGUCUUCGCCCGGUCCAUUUACAAGCAUUUUGGCCCGGAUCCUCUCGCACGAAUUUUGCUCUUAUUGGAUCAUUCGGUACCUUACUGUUGGCUACAGCCCCAACACGCGAAGAAGCGGAAUUCUAUCGCCAACGUCUCGCGGAGUAUAGAUGGACAUUGAGCGUGAGCGUGAAAAACGCCCAGUUCUUGAAACAUGCCAUUGAGUCACUCGAUUUGUCGACGAUGCUCGCGCAGAAUGUCCCCGAAAAGCCUGGGAUUGAGGAGUUGAUGGCUGGUGUGGUGGCGAAGAAUAGUCGGUCGAGACGGGGUCCGGCUGGUCGUCAGUCUACUUCUACUGCCAUGGACACCACCGGCCUUUUUACCGGUGCUGGCGUUGGCGGUGAAGGUAUUGGAGGAGGCGCAACAUCGUCCGUUGUCAGCGGCCUAGCUUCGCCGGCUACAAGUCCCAGUAACAUGGACGAAAUGAGUGAUGUCGACGACGACGAUGAUGACGAAGAUGCCGGCGAGGACUAUUAA